CGACGAACGACGCGGUGUUGGAACCCCCCCCCCCACCCCUCCCCUCCCGGACCAGGGCCGAUUCUCCGUUUUCCAGCAGCCACCUCGGCGCGGCAACACCAUGAAGGACCGUACGGCGGAACUGCGAAGUGCUAAGGACAGCGAUGAUGAUGAGGAGGUGGUGCAGGUCGACAGGGACCACUUCAUGGAUGAGUUUUUUGAACAGGUUGAGGAGAUCAGAGGCUGUAUAGAAAAGCUGUCAGAGGAUGUGGAGCAGGUCAAGAAGCAGCACAGUGCCAUCCUGGCCGCACCCAACCCUGAUGAAAAGACCAAGCAGGAGUUGGAGGACCUCACAGCUGACAUCAAGAAGACAGCCAAUAAAGUUCGCUCAAAAUUAAAAGCAAUUGAGCAGAGCAUUGAGCAGGAGGAGGGUCUCAACAGAUCAUCAGCAGACCUCAGGAUCCGUAAGACACAGCACUCGACGCUGUCACGUAAGUUUGUGGAGGUAAUGACUGAGUACAACACCACGCAGUCCAAGUACCGUGACCGCUGCAAGGACCGCAUCCAGAGACAGCUGGAGAUCACCGGGAGAACCACAACCAAUGAGGAACUAGAGGACAUGUUGGAGAGUGGCAAGCUGGCCAUCUUCACCGAUGAUAUCAAAAUGGACUCUCAGAUGACCAAGCAGGCCCUGAACGAGAUCGAGACCCGACACACUGAGAUCAUCAAGCUGGAAAACAGCAUCCGUGAGCUGCAUGACAUGUUCGUCGACAUGGCCAUGCUGGUCGAAAGCCAGGGAGAGAUGAUUGACAGAAUUGAGUACAACGUGGAGCACUCUGUUGACUAUGUGGAGCGAGCCGUAUCCGACACCAAGAAGGCCGUCAAAUACCAGAGCCAGGCUCGCAAGAAGAAGAUCAUGAUCAUCAUCUGCUGCGUCAUACUGGGUGUGGUCCUAGCGUCGACCAUCGGUGGCCCCCCCUGCCGCUGUGACAACUGA